UUUGUUGAUGCUGUAGGUGGAAGUCCUCCUAAACCCUGGGAACAAGAAGGAAACACAUCUGGUCCUAAGCCUUUCAGGCCUCCUUCAAAUACGAGCACGGCUGAUUCAGUUGAGGCUUCAGGCACAGCAAAUCCCGGUGAACUAGUUUCGUCCGUGAAUAGAACUAAUACAGCUGCUAAUAUGAAUGCAUUGAGUAGGCCUGUACCGACUAGACCUUGGGAGCAGCAGAACUAUGGGAGCACUUACGGAGGUUAUGGUUCAAAUCUAGGUGUGAACUCUGGGUAUGGGUCGGGUACAUAUGGUUCAGCAUUAGGUGGGUAUGGUUCGUCAUAUGGGGGUGGAAUGUAUGGUGGUAGUAGCAUGUAUAACAGAGGAGGUUAUGGUGGUGCUGGUGGUCUCUAUGGAGGUUCAGGCAUGUAUGGUGGUGGUGGGAUGUAUGGUGGUGGCACGAUGGGUGGUUAUGGUAUGGGUAUGGGGACGGGAAUGGGGAUGGGAAUGGGAAUGGGAAUGAGUCCUUAUGGUGGUCAAGAUCCAAACGACCCUUUUAACCAACCUCCAUCUCCACCAGGGUUCUGGAUAUCAUUUCUCCGCGUGAUGCAAGGUGCUGUGAAUUUCUUUGGCCGUGUAGCGAUGCUCAUUGACCAAAACACCCAGGCCUUUCAUAUGUUCAUGUCUGCCCUUCUUCAGCUAUUUGAUCGUGGUGGUAUGUUAUAUGGAGAAUUAGCAAGAUUUGUACUGCGGUUGCUUGGGGUCAGGACAAAGCCUAGAAAGAUGCAGCAGCAGCCACAAGGGCCUAAUGGACUCCCUUUACCCCACCAGCCACAUGGAAACCAGAACUACAUCGAGGGGCCUAAAGCCGCUGCACCAGGUGGUGGCGGUGGUUGGGACAAUGUAUGGGGCAACUAA